UUCCAACAAAUUAGUAAAAAGAUACAAUAGUACCAUAUCUUACGGAUGUUAAAACAUAUUUCAAGAUAGUGAUUGAAAGGAAGUGGUUUCAUAAUCGCCACUUUCUUCCUUCUACUAACAUUUCAAGUUUGAUUUAAUAGAAAAAAAAAAAACAGUGUUCUUAAUGCAUUAGUGCAUUAGUGAUAUUCCAACUAAAUAUUAGUGCAUGUUAAAUUAAAUUAUAAUUUAAAAUAUGGCUCAACGAGCAUCUUAUCAAAUUACUAACGCUGAAGAAGGCAAAGCAGCUCAACAAGAUCAAUCUUACAGAAGUUGCGUUUUAGCGUUGUUAAUAUUUUUAUUUCUCUGUAUUAUUCUAAUACUUGUUAGUUUUCCGUGGAAAACAUACCAUUCCGAUCAUCUUGAACAAGAAGAUGAAUAUACAGAAACAGCGCAGCAUCAUCAUCGCGAACAUCAAACUAAAAGAACAACCAGCUCGAUAGAAUCAGUUACAACUUCUAUGAUGGAUGAAAUGAUUACAAAAGAAAGAGAAACGAACGUUGACAUAUUUUAUGUAAAAAAUGUUACAAAUCAGAAUAAUAAUAAUGAUGAUGAUACUAAAUUUGAUGAACUUCUAAGUCCUGAAACUAGUACGAAAGAUCUAUCAAUUAUUACAACUCUGAUUACAGAAGAAAAUCAAAAAACAACUUCUAUAAAUACAAAUACUCCUGUGGAAAAGAUUUCUUCUAGCGAGAGUGAAAAAAAUAUAGAUCUAUCAAUAAUUACAAUUGACACAUUAUUAUAUAACUUUUCGACAUUUAUUUUUAAUUUUACGGAAAAUAGUACACCAACUCCGAUUACAGAAAAAUAUCAAAAAACGACAGAUAUGAUAGAAACAACUUCCACAGAUACGAAUACUCCUAUGAAAGAAGUUUCCUCUAAUAAGGAUGAAAGAAAUAUAAGAAAUAUUUCUGAAUAUAUAGUUUCUUCUUCUACAAUAUCAACUACAACAAAAAAUAACAUUAUUGAUGAUUAUACAGUUACAACUAUUAAUACAGAUACAACUGAUUCUAGUUCACCGUUUAAUAAUCAAACGUGUAUUUCGGGCGAAUGCAAAAAUUUGGCCAGCAAGAUAUUAUUUUAUAUGAAUCACACGAUUGAUCCAUGCGAAGAUUUUUACGAAUAUGCUUGCGGUGGUUUCGAGAUCAAUCCUCAAACUGUAGAAUUUAAUUUAGAAGAUGUAUCUUAUCAACGUAUCUUAAGACAAAUGAAGAAGGAAAAUGUGGAAAAUGUAUCUCUUUUUGCCAAAUAUUACGACAGUUGCAUGCAAUACGAAAAAAUUAAUCAAAAAGAAAGGAUAAAGCUAGCAAGAAAACUAUUAGAUAAGGUAGGAAAAUUUUACACUACAAGAGAUUUGGCUGAAAAGCAUACAAACUUUACUUUUCUACUCGCUACGUUAUUAUUACACAACAGCGCUUUAUUGUUCGAUGUCGCCCCAGAUCUCGACGAAUAUUCACCGAAAAAAUUUACUUUUAAAAUAGGUCCAACGACAUAUAGCAAUCCCUUCGAAAUAGAGGAAACUAACGAUCUUUGUUAUGCGGAUCAAUUGGAAAGAGAAAAAGAAACGGUGGAUUUAGGAGAAUUGUACAGGGAAUACAAAACAUGCAAAAAAAAUACGACAAAAUUUAUUGACUCCAUCUCGGAAGCUCUUACAGCAUUUGGAAUAUUCAAUGAAUUGAACAAUUCGUACAUCUCUCAAUUCAUAAGUAGUACAUGCAUUAAUAUCGAUUUUGAAAUAGUAAAAGGAUUUUUUGCGAAUUUUCCUUCCCAAGAUAAGAUUCGCGAGGCAUAUCUUAUGAAAAAUUAUAGCCGUAUCACUAUCGAGGAAUUGCAAAACAAUUUUAAAAUGAUAAAUUGGACGCAGCAUUAUUUUUUAACGGAGCAACAUAUUGAAGAGAAAGUAAAGGUACGUUACUUUUACGAUGAACUAGCUAAAGGAUUGAAAAGUUUGGAAGAAUUUGAAAAAAAAGAUCCAAUGACAUUAUACAAUGCAUUAUUAGGAUUGUAUGCACGCAAUCUUUAUCACGAGUUAGUUUUAUCAAAACAUCUAGAUGUUAAAAAAUAUUGCCUUCGCGUAGCUGCUAAUGUUUUAAUCCCGGAAGCUUCGAAUUUAUAUAUUUCUUCGUUUUCGAAAGAUGAACUUAUUUAUAUAAAUGAAACUAUACAUAGUAUAUUUGAGAAACUUAAAGAGACUCUAAAAUUAAACAUUAAAAACAAAAAAUGGAUUACACAAAAAGAUCGUCUUGCAUUAAUUACAAAAAUAAAUAAUCUUAAAGUUGUCCUACCCGACAUUUCUUAUUUUAAUAAUAAUGAAUCAAUUUAUAUAAGAUAUCAAGCAAACAAGGUAAAUUUAUCGAAUAAUUACUUAGAAAAUUCAAUAAUUUUAAUGCAAAGAUAUCGAAAAUUAAUCUAUGCACAAGUUUUUACAAAUCCAGGAGAUCCUGAACAAAUAUGGACGCAUUAUGCAAAACUAUACCAAUCUAAAGGAAUCGCGAUUUAUGGAUUAAAUCUCAUUGUGAUACCAUUUGGUAUAAUCGACUGGUCCAUGAAUUAUAAUGAAUUUUCAUUUGAUUACAUAAAAAUGGCGACAAUUGGUAACAUAAUUGCACACCAAAUUGCUCAUCACUUUGAUGCAAAUGGUAUUUAUUAUUGGAAUGGAACUCGCGAUGCCAAGAACAGUUUGUUAAACGAUGAUAAAUCUAGAUAUAAUUUUAAUGAAUAUAUUAACUAUCACCGAAAUGAUCAAAAUUCUAGGAGUAUGAUAUUAUCAUUUACUGGACAAAACGUAAACUAUGAGAUUUUGCAAUUGACUCUAAAUGAACGUCUGUCCGAGAUAACGGGACUAAGAUUAGCCUACGAUACUUUGGCUCGAUUGAGAUCUAAAAAAGAUUAUCUUCCAUGGUUAGAACUUGAUUUCAAUCAGUUAUUCUAUCUCACCUAUGCUCAGAUGUACUGUACGAAGUCACCACUUACGUCAUCGUAUAUAUCAUUAUAUGAGAAUGAACAGUUACCAAAUCGGAUUCGUAUUUUUGUCUCCGCAUCAAAUAAUAUGUUUCUCGGCAAAGCUUGGAAUUGUCCGCAAGGUUCACGAAUAAUGCCAAAUAUUCCAUAUAUUGAAUGCAAAGUAUUUCCAUAUUUAUGCGACACAGCAGAAUAAUAUAAUUACGCAAUUAAAAUGCGUAAAUAAUAUAACGAAUAUUUUAUAAAAAUUUUAUAAAAAAACGUGAGUUAAGUGGUAACAACGCUUUUCAUUUAUUCUCAGGAACAUUUUUUUUCAUAACAUUCACGCGCAAACGAGCGUAGUAUUCAAAAACCAGACAAACUCAUGUAUUCAUUAAAUCCAUUACAUCCAAAACUUCUAUUGUACGAUGUUAUAAUGUGACUAGAAAAUUUAACAAUAUAAAUAAUUCACCCUUUA